AAAUGGACCAGCAAUGCAGAAGCUGAACUGCAUCGAUUUAUUACUAUCAGUAUACACGGAGAUAUAGCAAUAAAAAAUGUUUAAAAUACUGUAUGGUUUAGGUACAGUUAGUUGGAAGUUAACGUAGUUUUUUGUGCAUACGGGAUCGCAACUUGCAGACGUAAAACAGAAACGAUGCCCAACACCACCACGAGACCAAAAAGAUCGAGGCGUCAGAGGCGAGCACGUAGAGAAGAUGCUGCGAGGAAUGAACUGGUGUCAAGAUCAUUUGAAAGUGCUCAGCAGUGUCUGUUCAGUCAUGACUAUGGCACAGCCUUUGCCCACUAUCUCCUGGCUCUAAACCUGGCCCCAGCCCUGAAAGAUUUUGCAAAUGAGUCCUUUAGAUUUACUCUUUUUAAAUGGGCCGAUGAGCUGGACUCUUUGGGACGGAUCCAGGAACUCUUUGAUUGUUAUGAACAAGCUAUGGAGUUGUUUCCUGUUGAUGAGGUGAUAGUGAACAGCAUGGGAGAGAAUCUUUUCAGAAUGGGAUUUCGGGAUGAGGCAGCUGGCCAUUUUUACAAAGCCCUCAAGCUCCGACCAGAUUUUCUAGAGGCAAAGGAAAACUUUUACCGUGUUGCUAACUGGUUGGUGGAGCGUUGGCAUUUCUUAAUGCUCAACGACCAUGGCAGGAACCGCAAGUACCAGCUUGCUAUUCAGAAAGCUGUAGAGGGAGGGUGCAGCACCGUUCUGGACAUUGGAACUGGCACUGGCAUCCUUGGAAUGUGUGCCAAGAUGGCAGGCGCUGCUGAAGUCUAUGCCUGUGAGCUGUCCAAGACAAUGUAUGAGCUGGCAUGCGAAGUGGUUUCAGCCAAUGGGAUGGCAGAUAGCAUCAAGAUCAUUCACAUGAAGUCUCUGGACAUGGCAAUUCCCCAAAACAUUCCAAAAAGGGUGUCACUGGUUGUAACAGAGACUGUGGAUGCUGGGCUAUUCGGUGAGGGUAUCGUCGAGAGUUUGAUUCAUGCAUGGAAGCACCUACUCUUACCUCCACCUAACUCUCUGGAAGCCCACCACAAUCUCUCACAAACCGGCCGGGUAAUACCCGCAGGUGCAACUGUGUUUGGGGUGGCUGUGCAGUGUCAUGAGAUCCGGAGACAUCAGAGGAUUUGUGUGUCAUCCGUGGGAGGUUUGGACCUGUCUGCAGUAGGAGAGAUCUACAGUCCUGUUAGCUGUUCAGCUGAUGCUGAGGACAGUACAGAGCCCUACACUACUGAAAGACUGAGCCGUCUGCGGGGAGGAUACAUUCAGCUCACACAGCCCUUCACAGCACUGGUUAUAGACUUCAAUAAUGUGCAGGAGCUGGAGGGUCUCUGCUCCAGAGAGGUGAUGCAACUGAGAUUGCCUGUGAUUCAGGAGGGAGUUCUUGAUGCUUUGGCCGUGUGGUUUCAGCUGCACCUGGAUCAAGACAACCACCUGUCCACCGGCCCGCAGGAAGAUACAUGCUGGGAACAAGCCAUUUAUCCAGUACAGACUCCAUUGAACACUUUAAAACGCGGUGAUGAACUGCUGGUGGAAGUUUCCUGUAAGGAUGCUUAUCUGAGACUGUGCUGUGUUGCUGUCGUAAGAGACAAACAGACGUUCCAUCUGGACAAUGUAAAUCAAGAACCUCCAAAGACCCUCAACCCAAACCCUGAAGCGGAGCUGUGCAGUGCUCUGGCCGGCCUUCAGACCACCCCUGAAAAACUAUCUCUCUCUUUUACACUAGAAUCCUCUGAGAUUGCCCUCCUCAACAACAUAACAUAUCAUAACAGCUUCCAAAGGGCCAUGUGCAAACUUCUAGCUUCUCUAAAGUCCAUGAGGUCACAAGAAUCAGAUAUCAAACCUUCCUCAGAUCCGGUCUAUGUGCUUGAUGUCUCUGAAGGCUUCUCCGUGCUUUCCUUAAUAGCAGCUAAGUUGGGCAUGGGUUCAGAUGAAGAUAUUCACAUCAGCACCGGGUUUGUUCAAGCCUACAGUUCAGUUGAGAAGGAACAUCAUCAGACUAUGUUAAGACUGCUGGCUAAACACAAUGGUGUACCUGAGAGUACUUUAGAGUUCUGGCUGAGACAUGUGGAGGACGAUUCAGCUGUUCUUCAGCGGCCAGCCAUUGAAAAGCUUUGGAGCGCCAUCAUUCUUGACUGCAUAGAGACCUGCGGGCUUAUUCGAGAGAAACUGUUGGAGAAGGCAACAUUGGCGAGGUGUUUGCUGGAGGAUGGUGGACAGAUUUUUCCAGAGCGUAUCGUGAUCUAUGGUAUGCUUGUCGAGUCAAACACGCUGCUUCAGGAGAGCGCUGUCCAGGGAAUGGAGCCGACUCUUGGGUUCAAUAUUGCACCGUUCAUCAAUCAGUUCACUGUACCUGUUCAUGUGUUUUUGGAUCUGUCCACUCUUGAAUGCUCACAUCUUAGUGCUUCGGUGGAACUCCUCACGCUUGACCUCAUGAACAGCACUGCCAAUUACACCUACAAUGAAGUCAAAGUUCAGGUCAGCACCUCGGGCAAAUUGACUGCCAUUCCCUUUUGGUACCAGAUCCAUCUGGACUCUGAACUAAGUGUCAGCACCUUCAGUGAGGACUCUCACUGGAAGCAGGCAGCGGUGGUCCUUCAGCAGCCCCUCGAGGUAAACAGAGGCGAGUGGGUCCAGCUUAGCAUCCGGCUCAACAAGAGCAUCAUCUCUAUUAUAGCUUCUAAAGAAGAGGGGCCUGGAGCUAAUGAUGUCACCAGGGAGGAGCUUAUAGACAUGGACUCUGUUACAAAGGCGGGGCCAGUAAACGGUAACUCAUUAGGGGAGGGGUUAUGAUUCUGUACACU